AUGCACGGGGACGAAGGAAACGCGGCUGCUGCCCCUCCAGACUCAACCGAUUCCAUGGGCAGCACGCCCGCUGCAGUGCCGCGUCGUCCCAAACCGGGCAUACUGCGGUUGGACAUCAACAAGCCGCGACGCUCAUCAGGUGGUUCGGUGGAUUUUCGUUCCAUUAGCCAUGCGGGCAGCCAAAGUGCGGGCGCAGGCACGGGCAUGGGCGUGGCUACGGCUGCGGGUGCCCACAGUGAGGUAAGUGAGCUUGAUAAAGUGCACUCCUGGGAGUGA